UCUCCUGGGUUUCUCUUUUGUUAUUUUCUUAGUAUGUCUAUUCUUGGGAGGGUGAGGAUUUUAUACUGUUACUCAGCUGGUGAAAGGCUGCUUUUUAACUCCACUGAUUCUGAGAAAAAUGACAACGGGCUGUUCCUUUGGACUAAAUCCUUGUGGGUUCUUUAUAAUGAGCCGACGGAGGAUAUCGUGUAAAGAGCUGGGGCAAGCUGAUUGCCAAGGAUGGCUCUACAAAAAGAAGGAAAAAGGAGCUUUCAUUGGCAACAAAUGGAAAAAGUUCUGGUGUGUGCUGAAGGAGUCAUCGCUGUAUUGGUACAGCAGUCAGCUGGCUGAAAAAGCAGAAGGAUUUAUCAGACUUCCAGACUUUAGUGUGGACCGAGCAAUUGAAUGCAAAAAAAAGCAUGCUAUUAAGAUCAGCCACCCACAGAUCAAGACAUUUUAUUUUGCGGCAGAAAAUGUUCUGGAAAUGAACACGUGGCUAAGUAAGCUGGGAAUGGCUGUAGACCCUCAGGCACCCAACGGGAAGAAUGAGGAAGAAUGCUACAGCGAAAGUGAACAUGAUGAUCCAGAAAUAACAGACACACCACCUCCCCCCUACACAGCCCAGCCAACACCUCCUCCUUCGGAUCAGCAGAAGUCUUCUUUCACCUCAAUUCUAUCAAAUGAAGCAUCUUGUUCCCUCUCCUCUCCUGAAAGCACUUUCAACUCCCAAGACUCAUCUUCUUCCUUGACAUCCAAAGUGGUUUAUUCUGAGAGACAGUCCUGGCUUGACCUAGUUAACAGCUCUGCCACAGAAGAUGGUGAUCAGCCUUUAACUUUCUGCGUACAGAUUCACUCUGAUGAACCGCCAGAAGCAGACUGUGGAGAAGUGGCAGAAAGCCAGGACGCUGGGCUUUCCAAACCCAGUGGUGGAUCCCCAAACUCUUUUUUAGGUCCGGACACACAUUGUCUAGCUGUGCCAGAUGCAGCAGGACAGAGAUCGCUAGCCAAAGAUCAGGAAAAAUGUGACAAUGAUGAGAUGGAGCGACUUUACAAGUCAUUAGAACAAGCAAGCCUGUCUCCCAUUGGUGAUCGUCGGCUGUCAACGAAGAAGGAGCUUAGGAAGUCAUUUAUCAAACGCAGCAAAAACCCCUCCAUUAAUGAAAAACUCCAUAAAAUUCGAAUGCUGAACAGCACAUUAAAGUGUAAGGAGCAUGACCUGGCCACAAUUAAUCAGUUGCUAGAGGACCCAAAGCUGACGGCAAUGAAGUACAGAGAGUGGAGGAACACAAACAUUAUGCUGGUCCAAGAUAUUUAUCAGCAGCAGGAGGCCCAGGAUGUAUCCACAGAGAACAGCGAGGAGCAAGACAUGACUCCACAGCCUAUCGCUGAAAGUGCUAUCUGAGGCCAUGGUUCAAAAGGUUCAUGGCGAGGUUUUCCCUCACAGGUCUUCACAUACAGGCACUUUAAACUGCUGCAUUUUGAAGUUUGUUUUUUCCAAGUGUUCUUCGCAAGGAAAACAACCACUUCUCCAAAGCUUUAAUACCUCUUGCAAAACUCAUUUCAUGUCAAAAGAGCAAACCCCCAGAUUAAAACAGCAUGCCUGAACCUGGGCUGCAUACCUAAGAAGACUAUUUUAUGAAGAAGGAAAGGAAUGUUUUUCCAUCUUUGGAGAAGUAAAUUAAAUAUGUCCAACUCCUGGAAGUCACAGAACUGUAUAAUAGGACCAGUAUAGAUGUGAGAUCCUUGGAGUUGUUUUAACCAUGUAACUUACCCUUAAAGGAACCUAACGCAAUGCCAGCGGGAUGUAUUGUACUCUCUACCUUUUUACCCUGUAAGGUAACCUGAUGUAUGCAUUUUCAUCUCUACCUUCACUUUCACAACUUUACAAGUUUAAAUUCAGACAAGAGGAAUAGUAAUUAUGCAUGAGUUUAUACUACGGACACCUGUCAGGCACCUGGUUUGUGCUCUGCCUGAUGUUUUAUGUGUUUCAAAUUUAUUUAUGGACCCGACCAAGGUAUUGUCCUUCUACAUGAGGAAGACAAGGUCUCUCAAUGUUUGCUAACAUGUAAUUUACUCUUCAGUGAGGCAGCUAAUGCUUCAACAAGUUUCAACUUUUCUUAUGGACUUGGCAGAAUUCCUUAGAAGAUUAUUUUCUUCUUUCUUAUUUUUGACCAUUGGGAAUAUGUGAGGUACAAGUUCAUCCCAGAUUCCUACUUAGGAAGGUGAUCAAGUUCACAAGGCAGAAGCUAAAUAAUUAAAUUCCUGAUGUGGACCUGAAAGUGUAAAACAUAGCUGCAAAUAUUUUUGUAAAUAUAUGUCAUUUUAUGGCUUAUAUGAAUGUGACUAUGUACUGUAUAUAUGUUUUAUUUAUAUAUUUAUAUAUGCUGUAUUUCCUAAUGUAGAUAGGCACACAAGGACCAGGCCCACCCAGAUAAGAGUGCUUACAGUUUGACUUGAAAUGCCUCUUUGGUUUUUUUUCCAUUAUGAAUCACAGCAAUGGUUCUACAGCUGAGACUACUCUGGGACAUCUGCUGUACCUUUUCCUUCUGUCUUUCUAGCUUUGAGUUUUAGAUGAAGAAAAUCUGUACAACUUAGGCCAGGAAAUUCAGUUUUCUAGAAAGAUUCGAAUUUUCAUUGGGGCAAAAAAAAAUAGGUAUGUUAAGAGGCUUGAUGUAGGAUCAUAAUUUUUUGGCUCCAUUGUCCUCAGAAAGCCAAACCCAACCUUGAGCUUGAUUUUUUUAUCCUUCUCAUUUUCUGCAUGUGUACAAAUAUGAGGAAGUUUGCAGACUGCUGAAUUUUAAAAAGCAAGAAUUAGCCCUUCAUUCUCAAAUUAAUAUCGCUACAGGAACUGUGGCAAUCUACUCUUUUGUAAAGAUAUUCUUUGUCGUUUUUUUCCAACACAAUUUAUCUUUUAAAGCAAAAUACACUAUACAGGUGCAGCCAUAUAUUCAUUAGUCUUUAUACAUUAUAUGUUUUAUCA